AUGUCCGCCUUCGACCUCUGGACCCCCGAGUUCUGCCUCGGCUGCGACAAGCAGACUGACGGCACUGCCUACUGCUCCGAGUCCUGCCGCCUGGCCGACUUCGAGAAGACCUCAACACCCAGCUCCGUUGCGAGCUCGCCCGGCCUGAACGCUCCUCCAUACCCGUGGACCAGCUCCUCGAGGCAACAACCCUCGAACAAGCUCUACCUCGCUCCCGCCUACGACUUCACCACCGCUCAGCCGUACGGCUCUACCCCUCAGAGGCAAUCCUACCUCUCCGCCCCGAGGACAUCCUCAACCCGCCGCACCCUCACCACCUCGAGCUCGAACAGCAGCCUCUGCUCGAUGCAGAGCACGACCUCGUCGAACUCGGAUGCGAGCCACCUUUCGGAAAAGGCCAAGAGGGAACUCCAAGCCUACGCCGUCUCUUUCGAGCAGGCCCGCCUCCAACGCCGCCGCUCGUACUAA